UAUUUAUUCAUUAUAUUAAGAAUUGUUCUAGAUCUUAUAUAUUGAGGAUUAUGACAUGUUUCAGAUCGUGCCCCGAGGUUCCGGCUAUGUCAUGCCCCGAGUCUCAGUGCGGAGGGCCAUCCUCUGUCUCCUUCCCCUCCUCGGCCUCCUGGCUGCCUUCGCGCUAUGGCCGUCCUCCAAGAGGCUUGUCUUCCCGACGACGGAACCACCUACUCAGCAGCAGGCACUGCUCCUUCUGCGCCCCACCGUCGAUCAGCCAAAGCCGAAAGAGGUGACAUUUCCUAAAGGCCGGCCUUGGUACAUGACUGAUAAGGGCCGGCCGUGGUACAUGACUGCAGGUUCAGAUGGCACUUCACCAGAACGAACUAAGCUCUUUCCUGGUGAGAACCCUGCCUCUGAUAGAAUAGAGGAGCAGCUUUUAUAUGCCCCUGAGACAAAGAGAACCAAAUUAAUUCUUGUUUAUAAUGGAUUUCGAACCUGGUCAAACGUCAAAGCCGGACCUAGUGCCUUCUCCUCCUGCCCUGUCAAAGACUGCAUGUUGACGGCUAACAAAGGGGAAGCAGUUAAAGCAGAUGCUAUACUUUUCAAUGAGCAUUUCUCAAAUCCAGGAAUUGUCAGGCCAAGAGGACAGGUAUGGAUACUUUACAUGCUUGAGUGUCCUUAUCAUACUCAGCACAUAAAACAAAAUGAUGUCUUUAAUUGGACUGCAACAUACAGAAGGGAUUCAGACAUUGUAACACCAUAUGAAAAGUGGGUGUAUUUUGACAAAGAUGUGAAAUUUUUAACUAUGACAAGGAAUUAUGCAUUAAAUAAAACUAAAAAGGUUGCUUGGUUUGUAUCAAACUGUGGGGCCAGGAAUAGCAGACUUCAGUAUGCUCAUGAAUUGCAAAAACAUAUUGAAGUAGAUAUUUAUGGAGCAUGUGGAGCAAAAAAAUGUCCAAGGUCAAAACAAGAAAAAUGCUUUGAUAUGCUGAAUACUGAUUACAAGUUUUAUUUAGCUUUUGAGAAUUCAAAUUGUCAAGAUUACAUAACAGAAAAAUUUUUUGUUAACGGAUUAGGAAGCAAUGUCAUUCCUAUUGUAAUGGGCGCAAGGCAAGAAGAAUAUGAACGAUCAGCUCCAUUAAGGUCAUUUAUACAUGUUGAUGAAUUUGAUUCACCCAAAGCAUUAGCAGAUUACCUACACACCAUCGACAAAGAUGAUGAUCUUUAUAACAGCUAUUUUAGGUGGAAAGGCACUGGAGAAUUCAUCAAUACCCACUUUUUCUGUAGAUUGUGUGCACUUCUUCAUGAUCGUUUCCCAGCUAAGUCAUACCGAGACAUUAACGCUUGGUGGCGAGGUCCAGGAGUAUGUACUACUACUUCAUGGAAAAAACAAAAAUCAAAGUGGUAUACUUCAUUGACCCAACGUUUAUCCUAACUAGAUUUUAAACAGAACGAUCCACCAAUAAGAAUAUGAACUUAAAGUGUGUGGACUACAUCACGAAUAUCUAAUCCUUUUUUUGGUUAAAUUAUUAACAAUGGUUACCAAUGGUUAAGCUGUUGAUUCAAAACAUUUCACAACUGAAACCAUUAUGUCAACAUCACAAUCAUGUUUCAAAUCAAACAAUUGAGUUCACCAAACAAUUAUUCAAAGAAUGACAGAAUCAAGGUAAAGUGCAUCACUAUAAUCUUGAUGUCACAAAUACUGAUUUCCAUGUUUUCAACCAUUUUAAAAAUCAUAAAUAAAUAAAAUUGGAUAGGUUAUUGAUAACUUUGAUAACAAUUAUUAUUAAUUAUUAACACCAUUGAUUGAUUGAUUAUAGCCUUUAAUUUCUUCUACUAUUUCAAUAAAAGAUUUAAGGUUUAAUCUUAAUUUUAUAUUCUUACUUUUCUACAACUUUAUGACAUCCAUGUAGAGAGGACCACAGUAAUAAAGACGAUCAAUACGAAAGAUGGUAUUAUACCCACAUUAUAGAAGUUGCCAGCUGUGAAAAGUAUGAACCUUUUUACCAUAAAAACUCGAUAAAAUAAAAAAAUACCCAUGGCUUUAUGUUUCCUGGCAAUUGUCAAAAAAGCAAAUUCCAUCUUCCAAUGUCAUUAAUAUCGUGAUUCAACAUUCAAUUGAUUGGCAGACCUCAAAAUGUGUAAAAAUUAGAAUUUUUUAGCAUCUAGAUUUUUUAUGAAUAAUCAACUUUUCUGGUGAUAACUUGUUUUAUCACUAAUUGAGAACAGUUGGGAAACUAUAAAAUAUUAGUGAUAGUCAUUAAAAUUAACAAAACUUAAACCAUUUUAAGAUUUUCAAAUAUGUUUAAAACAGAUUUUGUUGCAUAUGUAUGAUAGUCAGUUUGCAAAUAAGAGAUACCACUUUGUAGCCAAUUAUCCAGUAAUAGAUGCAGUAAUUAUUCAUUGUCUAGCUCAUCCCAAAAAGAUAAGGAAUGAAAGCGGCAUAAAAUGAAAUAAAAAUAUUACAUAAAGUUAACUUAUUAUUUGCCUAAUGAAAAUAUCAUAACAAACCCAAUUACAGCACAUACCUUUUACUGAUUUAAUUAAUAAUCUAAAUAUUUUCUAAAAAUGAUUAGAAUUUAAAUACUUUAUAUCACAACCUUAAUGAAAAAAAAUGGUUUGUACAAUGGUUAUAAUUUGAAAUUAAUAGAAGCAUUGAAAUCAAAAUUUGUGGCAUCAAAAACUCUACCAGGGCUAUAGUAUGAAGGUAAAUUUUUUUAUAGACUUGAGAGUACAGUAGGUAGCGAUCAUUCAGAAAUAAAUAAUUUUUAGAAAUGUGUAUCACUGGUCAUCAUUAAUAAUUGAUUGAAUUAUUAAAUUUCAUAAAAAUAGAAAAAACAAGGUAAAAUUUUGCAAUUUAUAAUGCACACAAAGUCAAUAUGCAAAUUUUUAAACAUCAACUUGCAAUUGCAUCUUGCAAUACUUUAAUAAUUCAAUCAUGUAUCAAUCUAUAGAAAACGUCUACUUCUGGACUACUAACAUAUUUAGUGAUAAUAUGUCGAUUAGAAUACCAUAAACUUAGUUACUAUAGGAACUAGUCAGUACUUAAUUUACAAAAAAAAACUGUUACAUAAUAAUUUAGUAUAAAAAAAUGUAUAAUAGUUAUAAUUAUUUCAAUUACAGUAUUUUCAAUUUAAAACUAAUUUAGCCAUAGAAAUUAUAUAGGUUAAAAAAAAUUAUUCAAAUGACAAAUUAGACACAUAAAUAUAUUAUUUUUAACAAAAAUAAUAUGAAUGAAAAAUUGUUAACAAUUAAGCUAAUGGCUUAGCAUUGUUUAAGAGAGACAAGGCCAUGGUUAUUUUAAUAUAAUUUUUAUUAGACAAUAAUUAAAGACACCACUUAAGAGGAAAUGAUUAGCUAUUUUAACAUCUCAACUUAGUUGACUUUUGGUUGAUUAAUAUCUACUAAGCUUAGUUGUAUCUAUUCCUGCAAAGGGGAAUAGAAACAGCUUUUUUGAAACUAAGUGAAAAAAGGAUAACUUAUGGCCUGAACUUGGGCAUAGGAGGCACUUGCCUUGUAUGGCACAAUUCAGAGGAUGAAUUUGCUGUGACAAAUUUUAUUUUUGAUUUAAAUUAAAACAAAAAAUUGUUUCUGCUUUUUGAUUGUUUUCAUCUUUGGUCAGACAAUUAUGUGACACAUAUUUAUAUAUUUACACAUAUAUUUAUAAAUGAAGACACAUAUUUAUUUCUAAAUAUGUAUGUAAAAUAUGUAAUUUUAAAUACUACCACAAAACUGUUAUAUUUUAAAGGGGAGGUGAAAUAAAUGGUAGCAAAAUUAAGCUUGUCCCCAAAAGAAAAAAAUCUAGUUCCAACCCUUGAGAAACAGUUUGGUAAAAGAUGCUUAGAUUUAUCCUAUUCGUUAAUAUGAGAGUAAGAAAAAAAAAUGUUUUUUAAAUAUAAAAUUACUUAAAGCAUAUUAUGCUACUAAGUAGUUAAAAUUUUGCACCUUUUAGAAAAACAACUAAUAACUCCAUACUAAUUUUUUUAUGAGCUAUACAGCAUAUAAUGUGAAAAAAGUAUACAUUCCUUUGUGAGAAAUGUUCAUGUUUGAAAUGUACAUAGAAAUCAACGUACAUUAGUGUAUGUAAUGUGUGCAUCGACACAUAUCAAUCAAUAUUGUACAAAAAAAUACACAUGAAUGAUUUUAGUCAUACAACAUUUUAUAUUCAAAAAAUACUUUGAACAGAAUAGUAUAAAUCUUCUUCAUUUCAACCAACCAGGCUUUACAAACAUGCAUCCACAAUGCAUUCAAUUGGUUUCUUAUCUUUAUUGUUAAUUUUAAAUAAAAAAGAUACUCUAUACAAUUUCUUAUUAUAUAAUCAUGCAUGCAGAAAAAUUUAUAUACAUUUUUUAAUUUCACCAUAAGAAAUUAGAUAAUUCCAAUACUUGUUAUACAUCUACAAAUCCAAUUUCUCUCCUUGGGAGUUUUUCAGUAAUUUUGAGAAACUUUUAUUUGCUACAAUCAAAUCAAAAUUAGAGCCUUAAAUUACUAAAAUACAUUAACAGAAAAAGUAAGCUUAUGAUAAAAUUUUAAGUCAUCCAGCACUUCUAUGAAGUUAAAAGAUACAAAAAAAAUUUUAAAAUACUCCAUAAAUAAAAGUGUGGUCCAUUCAUAUAAUCUUUCAAAUAUCCUUUCUUUUUUUAAUACAAAUUACAACAUACUUACUACAACAUAUCUGAUGUAGUUUUCUACUUAAACUCAGAAUAUUUAUAAAAAAUGCAUCCAUAUCUUACAUAUUAAAAAAAAAAAAGACAAAAUAAAGUUAUGUUUCUUAGAAAUAAUCAUGACUUCUUAGUUGAGUGGCAUUUAUACGAAUAAAUAUAUCAUUAUAUUUAUAUUUUUAAAAAUAUAAAAUGAAACUUGAGAAGUGGAUUUACUCCAAACUUUAUCAAAAAAAGAAAAAUGAACAUAUUUUUGAUAAAAAUGCAUAUAUUAUUCAUUGCUGCAAAAAAAAUUCAGCUAAUUGAUUUCAUAUCUGACAAACAAAUUAUUCCUUCUUAGUGCUUCUUUUCCAGUAGAAUGAUGUAUCUCUCAAAUUAUCUCUUUAAACAAAAAUCAAGAUAACUUAAACUAAGAUAAUCUAUUGUAAAAAUGUUUUUCCAUAAUGUUGUUGGUGCUAUUAGAAAAAAUAAAAAAAGAAUGAGAUAUCUGUUAAAUAACUAGUACAAAAAGUUUCAAGAUUUAUUAAUUAUAUCAAUAAAUACUUAAUAUUUAGACAUGGUCUAAUAUGUAUUGCUUAAAACUGUUAACAAAUAUGUUAUAAAAUCUUCAUUAAAACGUAAUCUGAUUGCUAUCUGUAAAAUAUUUUUAAUGUUGUUUAUAGAAUACUGAAACUUAUGAAAAAUGUAGCAAUAAAUUAUGUUGUGGUGAAUAUAUAUUUAGAAUUUUCAAUAAAGAAUAAUAAACACUUCAAAAUAUUAAUUUUAAAUAUAUGACAUUAAUUAAUUAUAUAAAUGAUUUAGAAAUUUAAUAAACCAACAGUACACCAAUGUACCAAUAACUAAAUAUUAUGAAACUAGUCAUUUAAAGUAAACUAAAUCAAUAUAAUAAUGAAUGAGCCAAUAGAAUGUGAUAGCCGAGUUCAGAUAAAGUUAAAAAUUAGCCUGAAUGAUUUGAUAACACAGUUGUAUUUCUUGAAUUAUAUAACUCAAACUGUUCACAAUAAGUAAUCCAAUGUUAGUUAAAAUUAAGAGUAUUAUUCUUAAAAUAUUAAUAUCUGUCAUUAAAAACUAUUUGUAGUUUGAACUCGGGAGAAAAGUAUAUUUAUCCGCCAUAAGACUUGAAAUAAUAGGCUGGUAAAGUAUUUAUAAUUUUAAGAUAUAGAAAUGUGAUUUAAGUUUACAGUCUCAAGUACAACUUAUUAAGGAUUAAAAUGUUGUAUAUUGUAGUAUCUAAGAAUUAAGCUCAGUAUAACAUAACAUGUAAGUAGUGCAAUAUGGUAUCUGUUACUUUUUCAUUUAUAGAACAUUAUCACUCAAUAUGUAAGAUAUAAAUUGUGGCUUAAUGGUGUGUAUAUAUAUUUCAAUCAAUUAACUUAUUUUUAGUUGCUAUCUCUUGGAAAACAAUCAGAAAACACUUUCAAUAAAAAAUAAAAAUAACUAUACCAUUCACUAUACAAUUAUUAAGACUGCAUAGAAGUAAUAAUUUAGAAUUAAAACCGUUUACACAUUCUUAAAAAUAAAAUACUAUUGUUAUUUAGCAUUUAGUUAAAUAAUUUCAAAUCAAUUAAUUUAAUUAUAGGAACAUCAAUAGGCACAAAUAUAUUGCAAAAAUAAAAUUAGCACAACUACUUACCAAAAGUUUAUAGAGUAAUAUUAAUCCCACUAAAAUGAGCACACAUAGUGAUUUUUAAUUCGAAAAAUGUGAUUCUUUUAUAAAUUAUUAUUAUUAUUGCUUAGUAGUUUAUAUUAAUUAUUUCAAAUGAAUAAAAGUGAUAAAUAUAAGAUGAUCAUCAUACUGAAAAAAUACCAACUUUUCUUUUUGUAAAAUGGUGUACAUAACAUUUAUUUACUUCUUUUUAUUUUCCUUUUUAUUUGUGAAUAAAUAAUGUUAAUAUGUACAUAUUAAAAAUUGUGAUUUAUCGAUAUAAUAGUAUAGAUAAUUUAAGUUAAUUUAAUUAAAUAAUUAAGUUCUAAAAAAUUUAUAGUUUAUGAUUUCAAAAUAUAUGAUUCGAUUUGUUGAACCUGUUCUUUUAACUCCUACUCCUUUA